AUGGGGCGACUCGGCGUGAAGAUCAAGAGGCGCGGAAAGGUCGUUCAGCACCGCAAGCAGAAGCUGCUGCGCAAGUUCAAGACCAAGUUCGUGCGGGACCCCAAGGUGCAGCAAGUCUGGGACCACAACCUCACGACGUCUCAGAACUACGCCAAGCUCGGUCUCGAGGCCGACCCGAACGCUUACAGUGCUCUGCGCGAGAGCAUUAAGGGCGCGGAAGGAUCGCUCGAGGCACUGGACGAAGCGCGUCUCUUCGACGUGCCUGACAGUGACUUUCUGGCUGAGCGCAACCCCAAACGCGUUGCGAACUACGUGUCGGAGGAGGAGUCCAAGUACCUGCGCAAGCUCCUGGCCAAGUAUGGUGACGACUAUGCCAAGAUGGCGCGCGACAUCAAGACGAACAAUAUGCAGUGGACGGAGCAAAAGCUGCGACGUCGCUGUGCGCGCCUGAAGCUGAUGGACGCCAAUGUUAUUCGCCUACCACGAGGAGACCACGGCGAGAGCUGA